AUGUUGCCAGCGAUACUUCGUUUACAUCAUUUUAUGGAAACCAACACACCUCUUUGUAUGUCCACAUCAACAACAAUAAUAAACAUGGAUGAAAUGAAUAAUAAUAAUAAUAAUAAUAAUAAUAAUAAUGAUAAUGAUAAUAAUAAGAGUAGAAGAAGGCUUUGUUUAUCUCAAUUACUAUCAUUAUCAUCAUUAUCUUCUUCUUCAUCUGCAUUGCUCGCCUUUGCAGAUGGACUCUCUAUUGCUGUAGAGGUGAUGUCUAUGGGUUCACGUAUGCAAGAGAUAUUACUUCAACGUACAUCACUUCUCUCAAAUACUCCUCCUUCUUUUGGAUUUCCCUUUGAAAGUAUUAUGGAGAAUAAUAAUAAUAAUAAUAAUAAUAAUAAUAAUAAUAAUAAUAACGAUAUUGAGGGGGAACAAUGGAUGUUAAAUCACUGUCAUUCUUUACUUUCUAUUACCGAACAUCUCGUCUUGCGGGCACCGUGGACAUCUACACAAAGACAAACAACACAUUUAUUUGAUUUUAUUCCCGCCCCACCGCCUCUUUUUGAAUCUAUAUAUAUAAGAGAUACGGUAUCUACACUAUUACGACUGUUGGUAUUUCACAAUAACGAUCCUACAAUGAAGAAGAAUAUACAGAGUGUGUUGUGGCCAUUAUUACCACAAUUACAUGCGGUGUUGUUGGGAUUAUUAAAUAGUUUCUCUCGUGCAGUGCAAGCGGCGGUAUAUCAACGAUCUUUAUUGAAUGAACAACUGCGAAGACUCAUUCAAAAACAACAACAACAACAACAAUCAAAACAACAACGAGAAGAGAUGCAGGGUUCUUCAGGUGUAUUAGAUAUGAAUGUAUCCUUUUUAUUAUCCUCUGCAGCCUCUUUAUGGACAGCUGUACUCCCA